AUGGCUAACAUUACAUUCUUUUUAUGUUUCUCAUUUUUUGGUUUUCUGUUUUCAAUUAGUAUUGCAUAUUUACUUAAAUUAAAUAGCAAUACAACAGUUUCAAUGGCAAACAAUGGUAUUCUCUUUGUAUCAAAUGCUGCCAAAGCCCACAAGCUGUGCUCUAAAGUAUCAAAGUUUGUUAAAGACGUUUUAUAUAUAAAGUUUAAUGGUGGGCCAGAUAGCACAAGAUCAGUUAUAAGUAAAGAGAUUGUUGAUAUCUACAACAAGUGUGGAAAUUUAGAUGUAAGGCUAAUGUUGAAACCUAUAAACUCUGUAAAUAAAAUAAACACUUCUAAAACUAUUCAACUUGUGAUGUAUGAUAAAGAAUUAACACAAGACAUUAGUUAUUUAAAGCAAUCAUUGGAAAAUGUAGUAAGUGAAUGCCCAAUGCAAUGCAUAGAUAAUGAAUCACCCAUUAGUGUUGUUACCAGUGAAGAUGUGAAAACUUAUGAAUAUGUUGCUCUUGGUGGUACAUUUGAUAGAUUACAUAAUGGACACAAAAUUCUUCUAUCACAAGCUGCUUUGAGAUCCACCAACCAUGUCACUGUUGGAGUUACAGAUGUAAAUAUGAUACAGUCAAAAAUAUUAUGGGAAUUGAUAGAACCAGUUGAGCAAAGAAUAAACAAUGUACUGCAAUUUUUGAGAGACAUAAAUGCAGAUUUGGAGUACAACGUUUUACCAAUUCAAGACAUGUAUGGACCAACAAAAGAUGAUCCUAGAUUUCAGCUCUUAAUAGUAAGUGAAGAAACAUCUCGUGCAACAAAGAAAAUAAAUGACAAACGAAAAGAAAAUGGACUACAACUAUUAGAUUUCCAUACAAUUGAUCUAGCAGAGAAUUUAAAUCAGCAGUCUAUUGAAGAAGAAAGAAAAAUCAGUUCCAGUAACCAGAGAAUGAGAUUAUUGGGCACUUUGUUAAGAGAACCAAAGCCAAAUCCACACAUACCUGAUUGGCCUUACGUUAUUGGCUUAGCUGGAGGCAUUGCUAGUGGGAAGAGUAAUAUUACUGAAAAAUUAAAAUUAAAAGGUGCAGGGAUAGUAAAUUGUGAUAUCAUAGCCCAUGAGCUGUACAAACCGGGUCUACCCUUGAACCGGACCAUUGCUGAAGAGUUUGGUCAUGGCGUCAUAACAGAAGGCGGGGAAGUGGACAGGAAGAAACUUGGAACCAUCGUUUUUGGUGAUAAGAACCAGUUAAAGAAACUCAACCAGAUAGUAUGGCCGGCGGUGAUAGAGGAAGCCCAGAGGCAGGUGAAGGCAUUCGGUGAGCAGGGUUACAGGGUGGUGGUGAUGGAGGCGGCGGUGAUGGUGCGGGCCAAGUGGUACACCAGCUGCCACGAGCUGUGGACGGUCAUUAUACCACCUAAGGAGGCCAUCAAAAGGUUACAAGAACGCAACAACCUUACUGAAGAAGAGGCCAGGCAACGUAUCGAAGCGCAACCCACGAACCAGGAACAGGUCGCGCUCGCCAACAUAGUGUUCAGUCCGUUCUGGAGCUACGAAUACACACAGCGACAAAUAGACCGCGCCUGGGACCAACUACAGCGAUAUCUAGACACGAGGAAA